GGUGUUUACACAUGUCGCCGUGCUCGACAUUUCUGUUAGUUUUACUGGAAGUGAAAGCAUCACUCCCUAAAGCUAACGUUAGCUCUUCCUGCAGCGCUAUGAGUUGAGCAAGGCUGACGUUCUGGGAAUGCAGCCGCCGCUUCCACCUGAGGCAGUCAGAGAGCUGGUGUGCUCCUGUCUGCACAGAGAUCCGGUAGCAGCAGAUCUGCGCUGCAGCCUGUUUGUUGCCGCUGCACAGAACUACAAGAGGGACUCUUUGCUCAGACCCUUCCCUCCUAGAUACAUAAGUGGUGACAAUAAGGACUUUGAGGAGCUGCUGGCAGAUGUGAAAUCUUUGCCUGGUGUCAGAGACUUGGUGAGACUCCGGCCCAGAGAGGGAGAUCAUCAUCUGGCUCUCACACACUGGAUUCUCUCUUCAAAGAGCUUUGCUGUGAAGACGCUGCAGAAAGAUGAGUACGCCAAACUUUGUAACCUGACGGGCAAUGAAGGGAUUUCUGCGCCUGUGCCAGACUUCCUGUUUGAGCUCGAGUACUGUGAUCAGAUGAACGCCAGGUUUGAGAAGACGAGGGCAGGCAGAGACGUCUUCUAUGCGUUCCACGGGAGCCGCCUGGAGAACUUUCACUCUAUCAUUCACAAUGGGCUACACUGUCACCUCAACAAGAACUCGGUGUUUGGAGAGGGGACCUACCUCACCAGUGACCUCAGCAUGGCCGUCCUCUACAGCCCUCACAGCAGUGGCUGGCGGGAAAGUCUUCUGGGUCCACUGCUCAGCUGUGUUGCCUUGUGUGAAGUCAUUGAUCACCCAGAUGUGAAGUGCCAGGUGAAGAAAAAAGACUCUGAAACAAUUGACCGACAGCGCUCAAGAGCUAAGAACAGCGAAGGAGGGGAAGUUCCACAGAAGUACUUUGUAGUCACCAACAAUCAGCUUUUACGAGUCAAGUACCUGCUUGUUUACUCCCAGAGGAGGCACCUGUCCAGACAUUCCCGCAGCACCUCCUGGCUCCUCAGACACCAUUUUGCCGUCAUGAUGAGUCUCUACCUUCUGCUGCUCUUAUUCAUUGGUGCCUUUAACUCCAACACCUUCAUAUCCUUUUGGAACAGACUGUUCAGGUGACAAGACAACAACAGGACAGACGGUCUGGAUGUUUAUUUAUCCCCAGUGCCUUCCUGAUGACAGACUGACUGAAUGAUGAAAACAUGAAGUUUUAUGCAACUUUCUUUCUGUUUCCCCUCUGGCAUCAUUUUUUUCUUUUUUUCUUCUGAAUAAUUGUCAUUACUGUUAUCUCUUCUGGGAUCCUAUUGUGUAUUAGUUUCUGCGUUUAAAUGUUAAAUGUUUCGUUUGUCUUACGUAUUGAACAUUUCCAGCAUAUUAACUGAUUGUAUUGGCUCAUUAGCGUCUUUCUGGUUAUCAGGCACUAAUGAAAAUGUUCCAGUUUAAUUGCUUACUUUUAAAUGGUUUGACACUCAGUUUUUAGGAAAUGAAUGUUGAGGGACCUUUAAUAACUCACGAUUUAAGUGUAACUUUAAGGUAUUUAGGUUUCAUGAAGGAAAAAUAUAUGAGGUGACCUUAUUUUUUUUGCUGACAUAAUGUAUUUGUAAUGAUGGAUCAGACAAAGGCCACUGAUAACCUCAUUUUGGACAAGCUUUUCUAUCCUUUUAGCAGUAAAGAAUGUAAACUCUAUAUCUUUUUAAAGGCAACAAGUUCAUAAAAUUUGUUGCAUUUUUUGACAAAUAAAAUUAUACUUUUGAUUCAAAAUGA